GUGGAAGGAAGCCUUGCAAUCUGCCCGGGGUUUAUUGCUAUCUCACACAUGCAAGUCCGACAAAAAAUAUGCUGUCAAUAGUUAAAAACUGCGUGUUAUUUUCAUUUGUGUGCUUGUACAUAGCUACGCCGAUUUCUUUAAAAAGGGUUUCCAGAUGUCCUUCAGCAUGCAGCUGUUCCAAGGAGUCCAUCAUUUGUUUUGGAUCUUCCUAUGUCCCAAGGAUCAUCCCGAACGACAUUAAUUCACUGAGCAUUGUCAACGGGUCCUUCUCCGAGAUCAAGGAGACCAUGUUUGCUCACAUGCCAUCUCUCCAACUCCUACUUCUUAAUUCAAAUUCAGUGAUGACAAUAAGGGACGAUGCAUUUUCUGGCCUUCCACACCUGGAGUACCUGUUCAUUGAGAGUAAUAAGAUAGAGACUGUCUCCAAAUAUUCCUUCAGAGGACUCAGGGACCUGACUCACCUGUCUUUGGCAAACAAUAAAUUAAAAGCGUUACCCAGGGAUUCCUUCAUCGACCUGGACUCAUUGAUAGAGCUUGACCUGCGAGGAAAUGCCUUUGAGUGUGACUGCCGUGCGAAGUGGCUGAUGAUAUGGCUGAAGAGCACCAAUGCCACGGUUUCCGAUGUCAUUUGUGCCGGACCCAAGGACAUGAAGGACAAGCGGCUGAAUGACAUGGCCAGCCUGCACAAUGAAUGCAUCUCCACUGAUUUUAUCCACCAUCAGUCGGUGCCAUCAGAGUCUCUGUCUGUGGACACAUUCUCUUAUAAAAAUGACGUCUAUGUGGCCAUCGCUGCACCCAACACAGAGAGUUGUAUGGUUUUACAGUGGGACCACAUUGAGAUGAACUUCAGGACUUAUGACAAUAUCACAGGCCAGUCAAUCGUUGGGUGCAAAUCGGUCAUCAUCCAGAACCAGGUCUUUGUCAUAGUGGCCCAGCUCUUUGGUGGUUCUCACAUAUACAAGUUUGAUGAAGACCAGAGCAGGUUCAGCAAGUUUCAGGAUAUCGAGGUAUCCAAGAUCUCCAAGCCCAACGACAUUGAAGCCUUCCAGAUUGCUGGCGAGUGGUUCUUUGUGAUUGCCGAUAGCUCAAAGGCGGGGCUCUCCACUCUCUACAAGUGGAACGACAAGGGCUUCUACUCCUAUCAGUCCCUGCAUGAGUGGUUCCGUGACACUGAUGCUGAGUUUGUGGAUCUGGAUGGCAAGUCCCACCUCAUCUUGGCCAGCCGCUCCCAGGUGCCUGUAAUCUACCAGUGGAGCAGAAAUGCCCAGACGUUUGCCCUGCAGGGAGAGAUUCCCAACAUGGAGGAUGUGGUGGCCGUCAAGACCUUCCGAGUCAAGGAGGACCUCUACCUGGCCAUGACGCGCUAUAUAGGUGACUCUAAGGUACUUCGCUGGAGUGGCAAACAGUUUAUGGAGAUCCAAUCCCUGCCCUCACGAGGUGCUAUGAUUCUCCAGCCAUUUUCCUUCAAAGAGCGCCACUAUCUGGCCCUGGGCAGCGACUAUACCUUCUCACAGAUCUACCUGUGGGACGCUGAUAAGAAACUCUUUGAGCGCUUCAAAGAGGUGUACAUCAUGGCGCCACGCUCCUUUACCGUGGUAUCCACCGACCGCCGGGACUUCAUUUUCUCCUCCAGCUUCAAGGGCAAUACGCAGAUCUUUGAACAUAUCAUCAUCGACUUGAGCUUAUGA